ACUGGAGCUGGGAGGGCUCUUCCUGCCUGCGGAAGGCUUCCCAGGAGUGCGAGGGGUUUACCAGUCGCCACCUUUCACUCCCUGUCCCUUGCUGUGUCCCACCAAAGGCCAUGUGCAGUGGCAAGCUGCAGACGGGCUUGCUGGUGGCCGGCUACUUUGUCUACCUGUUGGUGGGUGCUGCUGUGUUCCAGGUGCUGGAGAGGACUGCUGAGAAGCAGGAGAAAAUGGCUGCUGCCCAGAUGAAGGAGGCUUUUCUGCAGAACUUCACUCACCUCACGGUGGCAGAGAUGGAGCAGUUUAUGAAGAACCUAACCGAAGCCAUUCAGAAUGGAGUAUACCCUGUUGGAAAUGAAUCACAGAUUGAAGACAGCAGCUGGGAUUUCAGUAACUCCUUCUUCUUUGCAGGCACAGUCGUCUCCACAAUAGGCUAUGGCACACUACGUCCUAAAACUGCUGGGGGCCAGAUCUUCUGUGUCUUCUUUGCUCUGUUUGGAAUCCCUCUGAAUAUUGUUUUUCUGCACCGUGUCGGUAAGAUGCUCUCCCUGCUAUGUAAAAAGCUGGGGGAAUUCCUGCACGAAAAAGGAAUGAGAAAGAAGAAGAUCAAAUUUCUGACCCUUUUGUUCUUCCUGGCAACAGGGAUCUUAGUUUUUCUGUGUUUGCCAUCAGUCUUCUUCCAGAUAACAGAGGGCUGGUCCUACAGUGAAGGAAUUUACUUUGCAUUUAUCACCCUCAGCACCAUUGGCUUUGGAGACUAUGUAGUAGGUAAACAGCCUGGCAGGAAUUACUUUUCCUACUACCGAAUGCUGGUGGCCAUUUGGAUUCUUUUUGGUCUUGCCUGGAUUGCUCUCCUAUUUAAUUUAUUGACGACAGUACUCGAAGAUACUGAAAAAAUAAUCGUCAAGGAUCUCUAUCAAAUUGGAAAGACCUCAAGUUGCUGGUGGGAUGAAGAAUGCAUGCAGCAGAGCUCACUACAGUCCCAGAAAUGCUUCGGCAGCUCCUAGAGAAACAUGUCGUAGCAGCAAGGUCUACAAAGUGCUUAAAAGUUGAGUGUAACAGCAGCAGUGGUAGCACAAUUUGGUGAUGCCAAAUAGCCAAAAAUUGCCAGGAGGAAACCAAAAAGAGGAAUUCCCAGCAGUAGUUGUAAAAGUCUAUUCCUUGCUUGCAGUAGGUGUCUGAGCAAAAGCCUGAAUACAAGCUGCCCGGGCUCUUUGCUCAAACGCAGCUCAUUUGUAGUGCUAGGGUUUGGUAACGACACUUCCCAGACAUCAUGCCACAGCCCUCUGUUGGGGUCAACCUGUCUUGGUAAACCAACUCGUUAAAGUGGAAAACAUCCUCUGAGGAUGCAAGUGUUAAGGGAGAAGCACAAUUUCUGGAGCAUGACAAUUUGCAUCCUGGCAUUUGUAGUAAUAAACAGUAAUAAAUCAUACCAGAGCGGGUAGGGCUUUGGUGUAGUGGCCAGGGUGCCUUACAGCUACAAUUCUGGGAAGUUAAAAGAAUGGCUGGAAAUUUCCAUAUAAAGGGCCUUGCUUUGGCACAGUUUUCUCACUUAAUAUGGCUCAUGGGCUAAAAACCCCAAAGCCCUUACUUACCUCAUAGAUGCCAAAAAGCAGAGAAGUGAGUUACAGAAAUGUUGUCACUCCAUUACCAGUACCACCUGUCUUAUGUGGUGACAGCAUGGCAAGGAGAGGUGGCACAGAGAAGGAGGACAGGCAGAGCAUUCUUCCCUAUGGGAUUAUGGAUAUCGGCUCAUUUUUGGGGUUAGCAGUGUAAGACAGCCUGUAUUGUAGGUCAACCCCCAUUAUGAACAUCAUCAAUGCUCCAGAUGUCCAUCACCUGAGACAGCAAAUCCAUUUUCCAUAAUCUGAAAGCCUAAUUCAGUUUUCCCUAACUUUUAAACUUGGUCAGAUCACAGCUCGUCUUGUGUCCAGACCUGCCUUAUUCGAGUUUGGGCUCCUGUCUACUGACCAUAUCAUGACCAGAUAUCAGUAACAGAGGGAACCAAAGCAAACAUGCUAAAUGCUACCCAAAUCAGCAACAGGAUUUCAGCAAAUAUAUCCAGACAAUUAGGCAUGACCCAGGGUCAAAUCACACUGGCAGAGCAUGAUAGCCAAAAGGUACUUCUUACAAAAUGCAACCACAAAGAUGAGCUGUCGUGGUUUUGGCGAGACUGGCCAGUGAUGGAUGACAGAUGC